AUGCAAACUACGAGUCAAAAACAUUCAACUAAAUUAGAUAGACAAUCUGCUUCAGCUUAUGCAACUGUUGCCGAUGGUACCCGUGUACACAAUUCAGUGAAAAUGAAUCAGCUGAUGGCUAGAUUAGGUUCAACCCAUUCACAAAUUGAUGACUAUUCACGUAGACAAUCUGCUUCAGCUUAUGCAACUUUUGCCGAUGGUACCCGUGAACGUAAACUAAUCGAACAAAUUAGUGAAGAAGUAGCAGCUUGUAUAGCAAAAAUUGUUGCCGAAACACAAUUUCAACAACUAGCAUUAUUACAAGACGCUAAUGUACGAUCAGCUGAAAGUGAACGAGAAUAUAUAUUAAAAUUACAAAGUUAUGUUGAAGAAUUGGAUGGAGCUAAAUCAUUGAAUUUAUCAACAUUAGAAAAAGAUUUAACUUUACGUCAAGAACAAAUAUUGGAAAAUGCACGACGACGUAUUGAUGCUUUGUACUAA